AUGCUUGUUCCAAAGCACAUCCUACCCUCCGCAGUAGCACUGGCUACCACGGCGCGAGCAUCAGCAAUUCCUUUCAGCGACACGGCUGCCAAUGCUAGUCUCGGAAAUGCCGUCCUUAGCCCAACUUCAGCAUACGCCAUGAAGCGGUCUCCCGAAACAGCAUAUGAGAGCGCUCGGGUGAGAGGUCAGGCGCUGUACAACGCCCUCAGUCAACCCGGCCAAGCAGGUGUCCUUACCAGGUGGGACAAUGCAGAUCGGCAAUUCGCCGAGUCUGGAUGGACUCAAUACCUGACAAUACCUCACGAAGUUGAACUCGAGCAGUGUGUCCGUCCGGUGCUCAGAGCUGGACACGGAUUCAUGUCGAUAGACGACAUGUACGUCUCACACUACAUACAGGACAGGCCGUACAUGAUGGAUGGCAAGCAAUGGCCGCCGACUGGGACUGAAUAUAAGAACUACUAUGGCCCGGGAAUCAUAAUCUCUCUUGAGGGUACUAGUCCAUCCAUCAGACGGGGCCAGCCCGGCCCUAAGCUAACGAAGUGGUCCGAUGUUGCGAUGUUGACCUACCAUAAACUCUACCUCACAGAUCCAGAGAAAGCAAAAGACAAUUACCUGCAAUCAUUCCUGCAGUGCGGUGUCAUCGACGGCGGGUCCUCUGGCAUUAUCAACCAGCUGAAGAAGAAGCUGAAAAUCCCGAAGCAAGUUGCCUUUCCCGGCAACAAGUUCGAACCCGGACAGGAGGGAUUCGAUGCUCUACUCGGCACACGCGAUGGUGAAGUUGUAGCCCAUGCUAUCUAUGACCAUCGGCCCAACCUGGGAUGGUUCACGAUUUCUGACGCUCUGAUGUGGUCGGAUAAUUUUGGUACGCCUUCUAUUUGGUACAAGAUCGUAGGCGAACCAGGAACUGCUUCUGGAGUUCGAGUUGGAGUCCCUGGAUCAAGCAGUGCAUCCGGCUCAAGGCCAGGUCAGCAGCGAGGUGGAUCUUCUAGAGGGCAGAAGCGAUCCCGUGAACGUGGCACGCCGCAUGGCACACGAGCCGACCGUGAUGAUGCUCACGAGGAUGAGGACCAAGACAGCCCCAUCUCCAAACGUGCACCUGGAGCAGUCAAUACCACUCAAGCUCAACAGAGAGGCCUGAGGUUUGCAAGACUUUCCGAAUCCAGCAACAGUGAACGUUCUCCAUUCGGAUCCUCCAACUUGACCGCCUGGGGAUGA